AGUUAGUUCCAGCAGGUCAUGUGACGAGCCAAGAUGGCUGUCCCCAGCGAGGCGGAGACGGAGGCGGUAGUUUACCUGGUGGUGAGCGGUAUCCCCGCCGAGUUGCGCUCGGCCCAGUUACGAAGCUACUUCAGCCAGUUUCGAGAACAGCGUGACGGCGGCUUCCUCUGUUUCCACUAUCGGCAUCGGCCUUAGCGGACCCCUCCGCCCGGCGCGCCCCCACCCGCCCCAGCACCGGAGCCUGCCCCCGAGGACCCGCUUCUCGCCCAGAGGUCGGCCGCCUGUGCCCGCGCUUUCUCCACUCGCGGCUCUGCUGGAGCCCAGACCCGCACCUGCUGCUGUGUCAUCUCAGUGCGGGGCUUGGCCCAAGCCCAGAAGCUUCUUCGCCUGUAUUCCGGCCGCCGGUGGCUGGAUUCUCAGGGAACCUGGCUGCCGGGUCGCUGCCUCAUCCGCAGACUUCGGCUGCCUACCCAGGCAUCAGGUUUGAUUUCCUUUCCUUUUAAGUCCCGGAAGGAGCUGCAGAGUAGGAAGGCUGAGAAUGAAGCCUUCACCCUAGCUGACCUGAAGCAACUGCCAGAGCUGAACCCACCAGUGCUGAUGCCCCAAGGGAAUGUGGGGACUCCCCUGCGGGUCUUUCUGGAGUUGAUCCGGGCUUGCCGUCUCCCACCUCGGAUCAUCACCCAGCUUCAGCUCCAGUUCCCCAAGACAGGUUCCUCCCGGCGCUACGGCAAUGUGCCCUUCAGGUACGAGGACUCAGAGACUGUGGAACAGGAAGAGCUUGUGUACACAGCUGAGGGGGAAGAGAUACCCCAGGGAACCUGCCUGGCAGAUGUACCCGCCAACCCCUGUGGAGAACCUGAGGAAGAGGGUGACGAAGAGGAAGAAGAUUCUCACUCAGAUGACGACAAUGACCGGGGUGAGGAGUGGGAGCGGCAUGAAGCACUGCAUGAGGACGUGACCGGGCAGGAGCGGACCACGGAGCGGCUCUUUGAGGAGGAGAUCGAGCUUAAAUGGGAGAAGGGCGGUUCUGGCCUGGUGUUCUACACGGAUGCCCAGUUCUGGCAGGAGGAAGAAGGAGACUUUGAUGAACAGACCUCUGACGACUGGGAUGUGGACAUGAGCGUGUACUAUGACAGAGGUGGUGGAGACAAAGACGCCCGAGACUCUGUCCAGAUGCGCUUGGAACAGAGACUCCGUGAUGGCCAAGAAGAUGGCUCAGUGAUAGAACACCAGGUGGGCACCUUUGAGCGCCACACCAAGGGCAUAGGGCGGAAGGUGAUGGAGCGGCAGGGCUGGGCUGAAGGCCAGGGUCUGGGCAGCAGAUGCUCAGGGGUGCCUGAGGCCCUGGACGGUGACGGUCAGCACCCCAGGUGCAAGCGUGGAUUGGGGUACCAUGGAGAGAAGCUGCAGCCAUUCGGACAACUGAAGAAGCCGCGCGGAACCGGCGUGGGGCUCAUCUCCACCAUCUAUGACGGGCCUCUACCCCAGGACCAGAGCGAGUCGCUGCUGCGCCGCCAGCCGCCCACCGGCAUGAAGUUUCGGACAGACUCGGCCUUCGUGAGGGCCUCCAGUGUGCCCUGGACAGCCUGAGGCCGAGUGAUGGGUUGGGCCGCGUCACUGCUGGCUGCACACACGCAGCCCUCCACCCCUGCCUCUGCCACAGGGCAGGGCAGAAGGGAGUCGGGACAGCCCUCCUUGAGGCCUGCCCAGGUGCUUGGCUCUGCGCUCACCUGCCCGUCUUACAAACCCCCUUCGCUCCCCGUGGAUAUUGAGCUUUGUGGCGUCUCCUCCCCGUUGCCUCCGAAAUACACGGAAAAGCCGGGCUGACCGAGGCUAUCAGCACGCCCUUACUGGGUGGCCAUGAAGGAAGGGGGUCGCCGUGAAGGCCAGAGAGAAGGAAAGACGCGGAAGAGAGCAGAGGCGGCC